UCAUCGGAGUGAAACAUGUGCGUCUGAUUUUCAACGUCGCGUGGAUGCUUGUGCUGCUCCUUUUUAUACUCUAAAAGUGAAAAAGUUGUUCAAAACUUUAGUGAACAGAUCAAGUGAAGUGAACAUGUCAUCGCAAGAUGAGGAACGCAUGGAAGUAGCUGAAGAUCAGAACAUUGAAGACGCCAUUCUCGCCGGCGAGAGCGAUGAUGACAACGAUGAUAAAAACGACGACGGAACGAAUAACGAGGAGGAUGGCCAAGUCUACCUUCCAGGACGAAAGCUAAACAACGAUGAGGAACUCGUCUGUGACGAAUCGGCUUACGUUAUGCUACACCAGGCUCACACAGGAGCUCCUUGCUUGAGUUUCGACAUUAUUCCAGAUCCACUCGGUGAGGAUCGCGAAACUUUCCCGUUGACGGCGUUUCUGGUCGCUGGCACACAGGCGGCCAGAACACACGUUAAUAGUGUUAUUGUCAUGAAAAUGUCCAAUUUGCACCGAACAUCGAAGGAGCGUGACGAUGAAGAGGAAUCAGAUUCCGACGAGGAAGAUGAGGAUGAGGAAGAUAAGCGGCCACAAAUGAACUGCGCCAUGAUCAAACAUGCAGGUUGUGUAAAUAGAAUUCGUGCCACUACAUUCAAUAAUACGCACUAUGUGGCCACUUGGAGCGAAAUGGGUCGAGUAAACAUCUACAAUAUCAGCGACCAGCUGACAGCGGUGGAUGAUGACCAUGCUUGCAAGAACUAUGAAACCAAUAAAGUUGGUGAUGAUAUUAAGCCGGAUUUUACCUUCUCCGGUCAUCAGAAGGAAGGAUUUGCUAUCGACUGGUGUACCACGACAAGAGGUAUGCUAGCUACCGGGGAUUGCCGAAGGGAUAUCCACAUUUGGCGCCCAAAUGACAAAGGCUCAUGGACUGUUGAUCAACGGCCACUCGUGGGGCAUACAGAGUCUGUCGAGGACAUCCAAUGGAGCCCAAACGAGGCAAAUGUACUGGCUACUUGUUCAGUUGACAAAUCAAUAAGAAUUUGGGACUGUCGAGCCGCCCCAUCGAAGGCUUGCAUGCUGACCGCGGCGAACGCACAUGAAAGCGAUGUGAACGUAAUUAGCUGGAAUAAGAGCGAACCUCUACUGGCGAGUGGUGGCGAUGAUGGGUAUAUGCACGUGUGGGAUCUUCGUUUUUUCCAGACUAAAUCAGUGGUGGCAACAUUCAAACAUCACACCAACCACAUAACAACCGUCGAAUGGCACCCGAAAGAGUCGUCAGUUUUGGCGUCCGGAGGAGAUGACGAUCAAAUUGCAUUGUGGGAUUUGUCGGUUGAGCGAGACGACGAUGACGAAAGAAAUGAUCCCCAGUUGAAAACACUGCCACCACAGCUGCUUUUCAUUCAUCAGGGCCAAACAGAAAUCAAGGAACUUCAUUGGCAUCCCCAGCUCAAAGGGGUUAUUCUUUCCACAGCACACAGCGGAUUCAACAUUUUCCGAACGAUAAGCGUUUGAUUUAUUUUAGAUUACUUGCCUUAUAAUAUAACAUAAUGAGAAAAC